CGAUCAUCGCGAUUAUUGGCUUAAUGGCACAUGUGUGAACCGUGUGAACGGACUGUGAAGAACGGUGUAUGAAUUUGUAGGCGUUUGUUAUUCUUCUUGUAUGAACAUUGAUAUCAAGGGAAUACUCCAUCAGGAUGCAGUUACGUUUUGGCUUGUGUGAACUCUGCAGAUCAACACUGUUUUCUCCUCCAACAAGGAUUGCAUCUGUUGCAGAGUUUCAUAACCAUCCGGCUCUGUUAGCAAAUGCACGUGUUGCUGUCAAGGUUGGAGCUUUAGGCAGUGAAGUAGACUCUUCAGAACAAAGAAAGAAGGUGUUACGAAUUAGUUGUAAGAGGAGUGAAUACAACCUUUAUGAAGGUCAAACAUAUGGUAAAUUUGAAAGCAUUCCAUUGGCAUCUAAAGGUUGGCACCACAGAAAGUCUAGAGGAGAUUUCUUCACAAUCCAAAAGUAUCGGGAAAACCCAGCAAUUUGUAAUUCAUCUGAGAGUGGUAUCAGUUUCAGUGACACUGGCCUUAGCAGCAACAUUAUCGAUAUACUGGAGGAACAGGAAAUCACAGAACCAACAGUCAUCCAGAAAGAUGGUAUCCCUACUAUACUGGAAGGACGUAAUACACUCUUAACUGCAGAAACAGGGUGUGGUAAGACCUUGGCAUAUCUCCUGCCUAUGAUAAAUCAAAUCCUGAUGUGGCGUCUUGUGUUAAGUGAACAUCGAUUCAACAGCCCUCUUGGUGUAAUUGUGUCACCCAACAGGGAAUUGGCAAAUCAGAUUGGUGAAAUAGCUGAGACGUUUUCGAGAAAAUUGAUGUUUACUUCAAAGGUGCUAACAGGUGGUCAUACUAAAUCAAAAAUAAUGAACCCAUCAUUUGAGGAAGUUGAUUUGUUGGUAGCAAGUCUUGGAGCACUUAGUAAACUUACUACCACAGGUAUCUACAACAUGAAGAGUGUACACCAUGUGGUGCUGGAUGAGGCCGACACACUACUGGAUGAUAGUUUCAGUGAGAAAUUGUGCCGUUUUCUGAGGCAUUUUCAGUUUCAAUUCAGAACAGCCACCAGUACACUAACUGCUGUGCCAGCAGGUGCCCAGAUGACACUGGUUAGUGCCGUAGUGCCAACAAGCCUUACGGAUAUACUGAGUCCUGUUAUACAGACUGACUCAUUAGUGAGAGUUACAACAAGUCAAGUUCACCGGCUGCUACCACAUGUCCCACAGAAGUUUUAUCGACUUGGCAGAUCGCAUAAGCCUGGUCAGUUGCUUGCUAUGGUUAAAAGUGAUACUGCAAAGAAACAUCCUGUUAUCAUAUUUAGCAACAAGUCAUCAACAUGUGAUUGGAUAUCAAUGUUCCUGAAUGAGAAUGGUGUGAAAUGUGUAAACCUGAAUGGAAAAAUGCCACUUGAUAUUCGGACAGGGAAGCUGAGGUUAUUUCAGUCGGGCGAUGUCAAUGUCAUUUCUUGUACUGACAUUGGUUCUAGAGGCAUUAAUACAGUCAGGGUAAAACAUGUGAUUAAUUAUGACUUCCCUCUGUACAUGGCUGAUUAUAUUCAUCGUUGUGGGCGCACAGGGCGUGUUGGAAGCGUUGAAGGCUGUCACGUUUCAAAUUUUAUUGCUGGUUUGAAAGAGGUUGAACUUGUGCAAAAGAUAGAGGAAGCUGCUCGAAAAAUGGACACACUGCCCAAUGUCAAUGGUAACAUAACAAGAACAAUUAAAUUCAGAGCUAUGAGAAAAAUGGAAGAUCGAUUUAUGUGAAAUGUGAAGUUGUGUACUUUAAGUAUAUGUCAUAUAUUGUGUCAUUAAACAUACAUACUACAUA